UUUUUUUCAGCGGGAUACCAGCAGACAGGAGGGAACCUUCCACCCCAGGCUUAUCCCCAGCCUCGGCCUUAUGUACCUCCUCCUAGAACCACAACAACCAUCAUUACACCACCAGGUCCAAUUAUUAUGAACAUGGCUUUUGGUGAGUGUCCGCUUAGCAUGGUGUGUCCGCACUGCCAGACGCACAUCAUUACAUGUACAACAUAUCAAGAUGGAACCUUAACAUGGCUUGCUGCUGGAGCUAUUUGUCUUGUGGGCGGCUGGUUAGGUUGUUGUUUGAUUCCAUUCUGUUUGGAUGGUUGCAAAGAUGUUAUUCACUCCUGUCCUAACUGCCAUGCAAGACUUGGAAGUUAUCGCCGAAUGUAGAGUGUUCUGCAAGUCAUAACUGAUAUGUACUGUACAGUAAUAUUGAUGAGUUUCGCUUGAUACAAUGCAGACCAUUUGUUUUCCAUGCCUCGUCAGAACAAAAGAAUGAAUUAUUUACUAGUAGUAUUAUUCAGUAUAUUAAUGUAGAAUUGCCUUACGCUUUUUCUUAAUAGCUGGGCUAAAUGUAUUUUCAAAUUACUCUAUUUUCAGAAAUUGGUAAUAACACAUAAUAUGGGCUAAAAUUUUGAUCUGGAUAUAACUGCAGUCAGUAUAACAUAAACCUCUUGAGGUGCCUUGUUCCUGUUAGUUUAACUUUCCAGGUAAACUUGAAACUUGGACCACAGCCAAAUCUAGAAGUGGUCUUUCCAGUAAACAACUCUCCAAGCAGACUUCAGCUUUGGUCAUUUUAGCAGCCAUUACAGCUGGUAAAACAAGUUUAGAACGUCUGUGGAAGACUGGGUUCAGGAAUAUUGAAAUAAAAUUAAUAUUGAAAACAA